UUGCCGUUUUUCGUCGUUCCUAAAGUGUUUGUGCAGUGUAUGUAUGUGAAUGUGUGAAUGCAAGAACUUUUAUAAGCGCGGUCGUUCGGAAAUGGCGUGGCGAUGGUUGUGAAAUUUAGACAACGUUAUUGUACAUACCAGCAUUCUGCCAAUAAAGUGAAUCGGAGGCCAUUAUCCGAGUGGUGUGAGAAGAGACCCCACCACUGUUGUUGACGGGUCUCGAACGAAAGAAAAAGUGUAAACUCUUGUGAGAGAUAGGACCAGUGUAAAAGACACGUAGCUCAGAACCAAGAGUCACAGCUAAUCAAAUGAGUGAGCCCAAACGGAUAGCCCUGAUUCCGCUGGCUGCAGAUGCAGUGCAAGCCCCAUUACCAGCAACCAAGAAAGACAAGAAAUCUGCAACCGUGAUUGUCAAAACGCAUCGUUUUUCAUUGACGUUACCAGACUCUACCGAAAAAUCUUGCCCAGAGUUCAACUUUGCAGAUCUCAUAUCUUCUCUCACGAAAAAGAAGGAGGGCCACACAACAAAUGGUUCUGCGCCUGUGGCAACUGCUGGACCUCCUCCAUUAGAUCCGUUCGCCGAUGACGACGAAGACCAACUCCGUGGGAUAGCAAAGAAAUUUGAGGAGAAAUAUGGUUUGCCUGCUUCGAAAAAGAAAAAAUCACGAAAAUACGACGAGUAUGUCGAUUUAGGUGCUGGAUACGAUGAAAACGACCCAUUCAUCGACAACACCGAUGCGUACGACGAGAUAGUUCCUGCUGAAGUGACGACGGCACACGGUGGAUUUUAUAUCAAUUCAGGAGCACUUGAGUUCAAACCAGUUGAAAAGCGAUCCGACUCCGAAUCUGAGUCAGAGUCUGAAAGUAGUGAUUCUGAAUCUGAAGAUUCUCUUUCGGAAGCCAGCACCACUCCUGUCAGUACAAACAAAAAGCGAAGGGUAAUAGAGUCGGACGAUGAAGAUUCACCUGAGGAGAUCCAGCUCAAUGGAUCAGAAGGAGAGGAAACGGAGGCCAAAAAGAAAAGGCUUCGGUUAGAGGAAAGUAACAACGUUCAACAGGCGAAACGUAAAAAGUUAUCGUCUCCUCCUGAAAGUGGGGUCAUUAGUGAAACCAGUUCAGUUUCUGCCAAAAAACCUCGGCCUAGUGUGAAAGAGCUUUUGCAACACAAGCGGGAACUUGAAAAGGCUGUCACAGAGAGUGUCGAAAAACCUGCAAAGAAUCUUAACAACAAUGUUUCAGUUCCUCCGACUGUCGCAGUGCCCACACCGCAACCAGUAAAAGAACAGCUGCAAUUGAAACGGGAUAAAGACAAAGAUGUUGUCGAUUUGUCCAUUGCAAGUAAAGUCACUGCCGAAGCCAAUGCUGUCACAACCGACUCAUCGUCGGAUUCAUCUGAUUCAUCUUCUGAUUCUUCCGAAUCUGAAAGUGGUGGCGACGAAGAUGAAGAUGGCAGAGACGCAGAUGUGAUGAAGGGAGAAAAUGACCCUGAUGCCAAAUUACCCAACAAUUUAACGGCCGCAACGUUGGCAAUCAUUGAAGAUAUUAAAAAAGCAGCAGCAUUGUCCGACCAGCACGGAAAAUGUCGUUUCUUUUCCCCUGAGAUUAAUCGCCUCAUUUUAGCAAUCGAAUUGCAAGCGCGACAGUAUUCGUGCAGUAAAAGACAGGCCAUUUACACUCAUCUGACUGGCUUUCUCCCUUGCACCAAACAUACACUACUCAAACGAGCCAAGAAUCUAGUUUUGGAGGAUUUCGAAUCUCAAUUGAAACCGGCCAUCCGAAAGUUGCAACAGUCUGUCGAAAAAGUCAUUGGUGAACAAAUUGAACGACAUGCCACUCAGUGUCAACGGUUAGCGGAUGCCAAUCCGGAGAGGUACCUCGAGUAUUAUCGCUACGUGUGGGAUCCGGAACUGGAACCAGCUGGUGGAACAGACGACGAGGAUAAAAAGCCCGAGAAGAGCAGCAAAACUCCGCAACCUCGCAGAAGAUUCAUAUGGAGUAAAGAAAUGCGGGCUAUUUUAAACCAAGUUGUCUACCUGAAAGCAGAUUGUUUCAAUUGGUCAAAACUACGCAAAGAAACUGCCGCCGAGUAUUUGCUUCGGUUCCUCGAUACUGAAAUUCGUUUGCUCUGGCCUAAAGGUUGGAUGACGGCUAAGAUUCUCUUUAAAGAAAGUCAAGAAGCUCAUUCGUUUGUGACAUCAAAAUCAAAAUUGAAUCCGGCUGUUAAGAAACCAAGCAUUCCUCGCUCAGGACUAGUUGAUGCAUUGGCUCUACCGUUACCGGUUACUCCGUCCGCCCCUCUUCUAAGUGCUGCAAGUACUCCUGUUGUAGCAUCCUCUGUGUCUAAGGAGAUUAAGAAAUCUCAGCUCAAAGAUCGGAUGUCGUUGGCAGCAGCACAGCCUGUGGCCCGACAAGAUUCCAAUUCUGUUCAUCAUCGAAGUGAUUCCGCACCCAAUUUAAGCUCAGGAAAAACCGACAAGUUUCGGACAGAAGUGGGCAUACCCUCAUCCAGACCAGAUAACGGUGUCAAGCUAGAAAAACAUCGCCAACGUCCAGACCCCACUUGUUCGGCCGCCCGAACUGAAAUUCAUCAUAUAACGAAAGAUCCUAACAAAGCCAAUUUCCGACAAAGUGAAAUUUCUCAUUCUAACAAUCACAGCAGAAUAACUGAUUCUAACCAGACAAAUAAUUCGAGAUCGGAUCAUGCAGCUGAACCUGUCAAACCAAGAAGCGAAACAAUUAUAUCUAAAGGAAAUCCAGUUCAAGUUCGUUCUGACUUGGGUAUCGUUAAAAAUGAUACUCCUCCAUCUUCGAGGCCAAACAAGGUUGACUCCAUUAAACCUCGCCAAGAUUCGAAUUCAGCACUGCGUGGGUCAGAGGGCAACAAACAGUCGCGGGCAGACAACUCUGCUGCUUCCUCUGACUCGAAAUCAAGCUCAGUAAUUCGUGGAUCGGAGAACAACAAGCAAUCGCGAUGGGAAAACAUCACACCUUCUGAAAUCAAAAAUCGCUUCGAACAUGUGCAGAAUACUCCUAAAGUAGAAUCCAUCCAGAAUAAACUUGAAGCGACUUCUUCGGAUGCAAGUUCAGCCAGCAGCUCUAAAUCGGGGAAAAGUAGCAAACCUACUCCAGCUGUAGGUCCAUCUCUCGCUAAUUCUCUCGCCUCAUUUGUGGACUCUGGAUUGCGUUGGACUGACCCAGGCCAAGUGUUGGACCUAAGCGAUGAUCAACAACAACAACCUAGGCAGAUGUCGAAAGUAGUUGAACCUACUGCUCGAGCGGAUUCUCUUAAUGUCAAGGAUACUGUUCCUAAGGUGGAAGACACAGAGGAUCAAGAGUCCUUAUUGCAACGCGAUUUGGCUAUGGUACUUGAAGAAAUCAGCCAAAUUACUCGUUUGGUUGAGAGCAAAGAUUCGCAGCCGCCACCAAUGACCAAAUCUUCGGACUCCAGGACCAAGAGUGUCAUCAAGACAACAGGAUCGCUCUCUACCUCGCAUUCACCUGCGUCGGCGCCAUCAUCAACACCUAAUCCGUCUUCCAGGCAAUCGAUGACAAGUGGCUCGGCUCUGCCCCCCAAAUUAACUUCAGCCACUCGCACACCGCCACCACCGCCGCUAACUGUCUCAACUCGGAUUAGUAAUUCACCAACGGGUGCCAACAUCUCAGUUAAUUUGAUCUCGCCAAAUCCAACUCAUUCGUCAAGAACUAUGUCUCCUGUUUCCAGUGAUCAUCUCAAAUCAGGUUCUGGACAAGGAAAAUAUAAUUCUAGCAUAAGCAAAUUGCUUUCCAGCGAAUUCAUGACUCCACCCACAGCCCACUCUUCCAGCAGACACGCUGCAGGAAAUUUCUUCAACUCGGAACAUCUAAGUCCGGAGAAGAGAAAACCUGACGCGACGUCUACCCAGCAGCCAUUGCCACCACUACCCGCUCAUCAACAACAUGUCAGCACCAACUCCAUUCCCAGAAGCUCACCCAAUGCCAUGUUCAGAAAUUAUCCGUCGUCGUCUGCGCAGGCUGUCUCCACACCUACAAGUAGUUUGGCAAUGAGAAAUUCUCACAGCAUUGAAUCCUUAAUUCAGACGAAAAAGAGUCCUAUCGAGUCUUCGUCGUCUCACCGAUCAGCAGGAAAUGUCCACCCAGGGCAGCAAACAGCACAGUCUCAACAGUUACCCCAGCCUUCUGUGUCCAAACACGAUCCUCUCUCCAUCUUCAUGACUCAAAAGAAUUCACAAAAGAGUACUCAUGGAGAUUACAACUAUUACACUCAACCUGGCACGGGUCACCAUCAGCAAUCAUCCUAAUAAAUGCCUUCUGAAAUCACGGUCAAAGUUGCUCCAUCCGUAUCGUGUACAUAAGAUGAAUUUUUGACUCUAGUGUCCCCAUUUGCAAAAAUUGAGUUCUAAAAACAUUAGCAAUGCCACCGAAUCCUCAAUUGAAGUCUUCUGCCUUGCCAUUGUACAUUUCUCUGUACAUUUCUAAUAAAAAAAAUUCGUUUCUUCUA